AUGGUUGCCGCACGAACCAUUCAGCUUGCUAGAAGGUUUCCCGGUAUUCCUGGCCCAUUUAUAGCACGUUUCACAGAAUAUUGGAAAGUUUAUCAUAUGUUGAAAGGGGACUAUGUUGAAACUCUUUGCUGGUGGCAUCAACGUCAUGGUCCUCUUAUUCGCAUUGGUCCUCAAACGCUGAGUGUUGGUGACCCGGCUGAGGUCCCUAGAAUCUACCAAACUACUCCCUUGUUGCUGAAGGGGAAUAUGUAUUGGGGGCUUUCGGCCUGGUAUAGAGGUAAGAACGUUUCCGGUGUAGAAGGAAUCAUGGAUGAGACCGAGCACGCCGACGUGAAAAGAGUUAUUGGACAGGCUUUUUCCUGGAAAUCAGUCCUGGACUAUGAGUCUCUUAUAGACCGCGCUACGAAGCAUUUCUUGGAUAUUAUUCAAGAGUUUGAGGAUUUUGAUAUGCUGAAGUGGAUCGAUUUCUAUACAUUUGAUAGUAUGAAUGGUAUUGCGUUCUCAUCAGAUCUUGGUUGCAUGAGUCAAGGCACUGAUGUUGGUGGGACUUUGAGAACUGUUCGGUUAGUGAUGUCACUGUGGACAUAUACUGUGGGAUCUCCGAUAUUUUUCAUGUGGGCUGCACGGGCUCUGAGCUUUGCCAUAGGCCCGAGUGGGCCAUUGUUAAGGCUAUGUCUAGAUCGACUGAGGUCCCGGACAGAGGCGCAGGCCAAAAUAACACAUCCGGACCUGCUUGAUGUGUAUUUGAAAGCACAAGAGUCCCACCCGGAAAUGUUUAGUCGCGAGAAGGUCAUCGGUAUGACACUUACUACUCUCCUCACCGGAUCAGAGACCACGUCAGUCAACUUGGCGUGGACAAUUUAUCAUUUACUACAAAGUCCAUCAUCCCUCCUCAGCCUUCAAGAAGAACUUGAAACCGCUUGUUUGCAAGGGGAACUUUCCUAUCCCCGUCUCUGA